UUUUAAUAGUAGGUUAACUGGGCAACAAUUAGUGGUACACAAAACAGUGAUGAUCCCUGCUACCAGCAUGAACUUUUUAAAGAUAUCAGUGGCCAAUCCUACAAAAUGUAUAGCCAUGAUUCCGAAGGUUGCAUUACUGAACCCAACUUUUCCCCAGUAUCAAUCAACCACGUUAACACUCACACAUUCACACGGCGCAAGAACUUUUUCUUCUCAUAGUCGUGAAGUCGCUGCUGCCCAUGGAGCGGGGAGCGAAAAGAAACAUCUCUGGAGCCAGAUUGCGACAGACAACCGAGCAAGAUUGCACGCAACACGUCACUUGGGUACGGGGAUAGUAACACUUCAGCGCAAGAAGAUGCCAAAACUCACCGAGCAAGAACGCGCCGAGCAGCUGCAGCCUCUGCUUAGCGCAGGCUGGUCCAUGGUGGAGGGUCGCGAUGCAAUCUACAAGGAAUUCCUAUUUAAGGACUUCAACCAAGCAUUUGGGUUCAUGACAUCGGUCGCGUUACUGGCCGAGAAAAUGGACCACCACCCGGAAUGGUUCAACGUGUACAACAAGGUGCAAGUGACCAUGUCCACUCACGACGUCGGCGGAUUGAGCGGAAAAGACAUUCGCGUCGCCAACUUCAUGGAGGAACUUAAGAAACGAUACUAAAAGCGAACAUGUUAAAUUUGUAAAUUGUUUUCUAUUAUUUCGAGUAAAAUAUUAGUCUAAGGGGAAA